AUGAGACUUGUCUCUCUCUCCAUCUGAAAAAAUAUUUGUUUCGCUCUCCAUUUGAGUCCACUCCUCAAGAAGAAGAAGAGAAGAAACUUUGGCAACGUUUGGAUAAACUGAAAAAUGGCCUCUGCUUGGCAGAUUUGUUCUCAGUACUACCACAAUAGAAUUGCUCUUUGCUCUAUAUCUCCUACUCUUCCAAUUUUUAGAAAACCAAACAGGGUACUGAAUUCAGCUACCUCAAAUACCAAGAUCAAGUUUAAAGUGAGGGCUCUAAAAGAGAAAACAGAGGAAAUUAACUCUGCCGAGGAAAUCACUAAGAAAUAUGGUCUUGAAGUUGGUCUUUGGAAGAUAUUUAGCUCAAAAGAGGAAGGAGAAGAGGAAAACAAGGAAAAGAAAUCGAAAGGGGAUCAAGCUAAAGAGCUUUUGGCAAAAUAUGGAGGAGCUUAUUUAGCAACCUCCAUUACUCUCUCCUUGAUAUCAUUUACUCUUUGUUAUGCUCUCAUUAAUGCUGGUGUUGAUGUUCAAUCCUUGCUACAGAAGGUGGGAAUUUCCACAGAUGAGACUGGGGAGAAGGUGGGAACUUUUGCAUUGGCCUAUGCUGCUCACAAAGCUGCAUCACCUAUUAGAUUUCCACCUACUGUUGCUCUAACACCAAUUGUUGCUAGUUGGAUUGGGAAAAAAGCUGAUAAAGAGUAGACUAGGUUCAUAUUGGACACUCUUACAUAAUGUAAUGUGGCCACAAUUUUGCUGCAGAUGUAAUAUAUGUUAAUAAAUAAUACAGGUUACCUUACUGGUAGCUCAUUGUUCUUUCCUACCUAUGGCAACCCUGUUGAUAAAUGCAAAACUUAGCACAGUAUAUAACCAGA